GACAAAAGCUAUAACGAUUUCUAGCGUCGCUCUACUUCUUUUUUUGUUUUAUAAUAUAAAAUCUUCUCGUCAGGCCAUCCAACUCUUAUAUUUGCUAUGCAAUCUGAUGAUGAUCUGAUUCAUCGAAACUUUUUCAAAACGGGAAGCGUUGGUGUUGAAGAACAUGUCUCGAGGGAGAAAGAUGAUCCGGCCAGAGGUGAAAUCAGGCAGAUUGCAGAUGCAGGGUGGAGGUAACUUGAGCGGCAAGACAAACGUGAAUGAAGAGUACGAGGAAGCUUUCAGGACAAAGUCUUAUGUUGAAAUGUGGAGCCAGGUUCAUGGUCAACUGGAAAAAACUAGCUUUGAUAGACUCCCUUCAUCAUCUUCUAUUCCUUAUCAGAUAAACCUGUCCGAGUACCUGCUUAAACCAAGGGAAGAAACGCUAGACAAGAUAGAGAGCUUGAAUUGUCAUCAACUUCUUCUUGAUUACUUUGAAGCUGGCUUGGAAGCUUGCAAUCUAUGUGAAUUACUCCUCCGAAGCAUCCAGCAGAUGCGCCUUUAUUAUCGGAAAAUUAGAAGGGUGAUCAAGAUAAGCGAGGGGAUGCAAGGUUUUUCAGAUGAGCAAUGCAGCGUUAUACUAAAGGAGCUGGCUGGAUUUGCAUCACUUAAAAAUCCAUUAUCGAUUAUCAGUCCAGUGCAAUUCAGGGAUAUUCAUGAGACUAACGUGGAUUUGUUCCAUAAAUUAACAUCAAAAGGCAAAAAGAUUAAAAGGCAAGUGAAAUCUAGAAGAAUCUCCAAAAAAAUAGGGGGUCUUUGUCUAGUAAUUUCUAAUACUAGUCUCGUAAUUUCCAUGAUGGUACUUGCAUUCCACAGCAUGGUUGGAAUUGUAGCAGCACCGGGGCUUGCAGCCUGCUGCUUCGGCAUAAAGAAGAAGAGAAGAAGCAGGUCAUCCGAUAAGCAAGGACUUAAGACAAGCUCGCUCGAAAGACUUGGUGCGCAGCUUGAAAUCUCAGCCAAAGGAAUUUAUAUUUUGAUCAAUGAUUUUGAUACCAUGAGCAGAUUGGUAUGGAGGCUGCACGAUGAGAUAGAGCACCGAAAAGCUAUAGCUAGUAUGUGCAUUAGAAAUGGGAAAGUUGAGCUGCUGAAGGAGGUGGUAAGAGAAUUCUCAAUGCACGAUUCCAGCUUCUUGGAGCAGUUGCAAGAGCUUGAGCAACAUACUCAACUAUGUUUCCACACAAUUAACAGAUCGAGAAGGCUCGUUAUACAAGAAAUAAUCGAUGCCCAACCAUAGUCAGUGCUAUUCAAGGAGAAUGCUUUUAUCGUGCUUUUCAAGGAGAAUACUUUUGUCGUGCUUAUAGAGUUUCGUAAAGACAGUGAUCUUGGCGUAAGUGCCAGGAAGGUUGAAAUCUGUACAAUGACUCGGACACUUCCGCGGCUUUACAAUCAUCAAGGUAAAGGAAAUUGACAGAUCUGCCUCAACUUCUUUACCCUCCGUUUUCCUGCUACAGAGUUAAGCAAUUGCUAGUUAAUCAAAUAGCCAGUUCUUUUAUUUCCUUGCAGAGCCAAGGAUUGUCUCAUUCUUUGUCUUUGUAAAUAUACAGGGCAAAUUUUACUUUACAAUCUGAAUGUAAUUUCUGCAUUGAGAAGUUUGCAUGGCUUAUCAUGCUCAUUCUUUUUGUCUCUGUAAAUGUAAUACCAUUGCAUUGAGAAGUUGAAAAAGGUUUAGAGUUUCAUGUUU